CCACGCAAAAAGUAGGAAAAUAAACAACACCUCGAAUAACCAAAGAAAUACAGCUCUAUUCAACUUAACUCAAUUAAUUAAUUUGAACGCUGCAAAAUGUCAGCUCAUGAUAUAAAGUUGGAGGUAUGUGUGGAUUCAAUAAAAUCAGCAUUUGCAGCUGAAGAAGGCGGCGCUGCUCGCAUUGAACUUUGCGCUGCCCUACAGGAGGGUGGCUUAACGCCCACCAUUGGAACGCUGAAGACCCUCAGAGAGCUGCCAUUUACUUUGCCCAUACAUUGCAUGCUGCGUCCACGUCGUGGCACUGAUUUUGUCUACAGCGAGGAAGAGAUGCGAGCUGUACUAACCGAUAUGGAAUUGCUGCGUACUCAUGGCGCUGACGGUUUUGUCUUUGGCGCACUUACUCCAGACCGAACAAUCGAUGUGGACAAGUGUCGGCGCGUAAUGGAGCGUUCGUAUGGUCUGCCCGUGACCUUUCAUCGUGCUUUCGAUCUCACAGAUCAUAAAUAUAUGCACGAGAAUGUUGAAUUGCUAAAGGAACUGGGCUUCAAGCGUGUGCUAAGCAGUGGCUUUCGUGCAUCCGCCGCCGAAGGCGUUGAAGCCUUGGCACAAUUAAUAGCAAAGCAUCAUCGUGACAUGAUUAUAAUGCCAGGCGCCGGCAUAAAGGUGUCCAAUGUAGAAGAGAUUCUAACAUUCAGUCGGUGCUUAGAGUUUCAUGCAUCUGCCCUAGACACGGCUAGCGAAGAUUACAGUGCACCGACGACUACGCGUAUGGAAUGCGACGUAACCAUGGGGAAACAGGACAUCGAUCCGUACUAUGGCACAAAUGUCUAUGUAGUACGCAAAAUGGUGGUAAUCGCCAAUGCCAUGAGCUGCAGAUAAAGGACAAUCACAUAUCAUUUCAAUUAGUUUAUGCUAGGCGUAUUUAGAAUGUACAUACAGACAUGUCCAGUAGUGUAUUAAAUAAUCAUAAGUUGCCACAAACGUUUUAUUCUAUAUAGC